UCAGUCAAUUUCCAUCCAUUAGGCCCAUCAUGCCGUCAAAAGCCUAAAACUCAUGUUUGAAGCACACAUAUAGUGGAAUACAAAUGUGCGGAGUUAUGCGAUUUUCCCAUUACUGCUACCACACCAACCACUUUACGUCAAAUGUCUUACUAAAUCAUCGCCCACAUGAUAAAGCAUCAGGAAAUUUAUCCCAACCGAGGAGUAAUGCAGUUGGUUGCUGUAAUUCCAUUAUUACGGUUUUUCAUCGUCAACAUUUCAGUGUGCUUCUUAGAAAAGAGCCCGUAAGAUCACCACAGACAUCCUUAAGCCAAUGCUGGAUUUUGUCCAUGAAAGAAGAGGGACUUCCAACAAUGUUCUGCUCCAUCCUUAUUUUCAAGACUCAUCCAGCUUCAGUGUUUCUUAUGCUGCUAGUCCUGCUACACAACUUUUCUUGCUUCACUGGCGAGUUGGAUCACUUCAGUUGCUGUGACACACCUGAAGUCACUCCCCACGGGAUUAUGGCCAGGUGAUGAAGAGGAGACGUCGAGGAGAUGGAUUUCUUAUGUUUCAAAAUCGUCACUGGUCUCCGUCGGAUGUUGCCCCUGCUCCCGGUGCGAACUAAACUUUGUGGAUUGAAUGGAUACUGCACCAACAAAAUACUUCUGGCAAUGGAAAUGGACAAUCGCGACCGACACCGAGACUCGUCAUCAAUGUGGAUCUUCGUAUUGUUGGUAUUAUUUCGUUUGUGUUAGUGUUAGUUAACCCGUUGGCUGCCACGCCUUUGUUCUCCCUUAGCUCCUUAGCACGGGCCGCGCU